UAAAAGCCUCGUCGAGACAAAGAGCCUUGCCCGCUAGUUUUCACUUCCUUCAAUACAACACUUCACUCUCUUUCUCUAUGUUCUGUUACUCUCUGUUCUCCUCGUUUGCCCACCUUUUUCCUUUUUUUGUUUCUCUCUCCUAUUCUGCAUUUCUUGUUUUCAUUCGGAUUUUCUUUUCUUUUCCUUUACAAUUAUCUGUCCAAAUCUUUCUCUUCUUUGUACCCCUUUUUUUUCAAACCCCUCCAUUAUUAUCUCUUGUUUUCAACACCCCCCUCCUUUUCCUUCUUAUCUCACUUUCCUUUCCUCCAAAAAAAGCAUCUCUGCAAUUCCCUCAAAAAAAAAAAAAGGGUUUCAAGUGCCACCCAAAUGAAGAAGAUUGUGCUGAAGUUGGAUUUGCAUGAUGAUAAAGCCAAGCACAAGGCUCUAAAAACAGUCUCGACUCUUUCAGGAAUUGAUUCCAUUGCCAUGGAUAUGAAAGCACAGCAAUUGACAGUGAUUGGAACGGUUGAUCCUGUGAAUGUGGUGAGCAAAUUGCGCAAGAACUGGUCGACCACUAUAGUAUCGGUAGGGCCAGCAAAACCGCCGGAGAAGAAGGAGGAGCCGAAGAAGGAAGAACCCAAGAAAGAGGAGCCCAAGAAGGAGGAGGAGCCGAAGAAAGAAGAACCCAAGAAGGAAGAGGAGCCAAAGAAAGAAGAACCCAAGAAGGAAGAGGAACCCAAGAAGGAAGAGGAGCCAAAGAAAGAAGAAGAGAAACAACCACAGCCACCAGCACAGCAGCAGCCACAGCUGCUGCCACCACCGGACCCUGUCUUGGAGCUUGUGAAGGCUUACAGAGCAUACAAUCCUCAAAUGACCACUUAUUACUAUGUUCAAAGCAUGGAAGAGAAUCCAAAUGCUUGUGUUAUCUGCUAAUUAGGGUGCGGGGGAAAGGCAAGUGGUGAUGGAUUUGAAUGUGAUGAUUGAAGAACAGGAGGCAACAAACCAAAGAAAACAAACUUCCUUAGUGUAUAGAUAUGGUGAUGUUUUUCAUUAAUCCUUUUUGGUUUUAAUGUACUAGUUAAGGUGUUGUAGAAGAAAGUAGAGUGAAUAACAAAUGGGAAUUUGGAAAAAUCCAUCCACCAUUUUUCCAUGAAUCAUGAAUGGAUGUAAUUUUAUAUUAGUCUUGUAAUCUAAUGUAUUUGCUUA